CGCGGAAAGUGGGAGAUUCGCUAGCAGGGCACCGGAUAAAGUAGUCGCUCUCCCGCUUCGGCCUGUUCCUGCUGAACUUCUUCCUCAAGACGGAGCUUCCCGAGCCGCUAAGCCUGCGAAUAGGCAGAAACGCGCCGGCAAGAAGCCGCUACUGACGGGGACGACCCGACCUCCCUUCCCCUCCAGCCCCCUCCUCAGCUCAUGCUUUGUAUCCCUCCCUACAGACACGCACGCACGCACGCGCAAUCCCCGCCCGGGUUCGCUCAGCGCGCGCGCUCCGCCAAGCCAACCCGGUGUUGAAGGUUGAGAGAUCAGUUGAAGGAAUAAUUUUUGACCUUUCUGGCUUUGCGGGUGUUUUUUUUUUUUUUUUGUGGUGGUGGGGGCUACUUUUAAAGUGUAGGGACUACAAAACUUUUGAACGUCCGGGAACAGUGUUGGUCAUUCGCAAAGGUUCUGCACGAGGUGCUCUAACUCUCCGGCCAGAGGGCACGGACGGAUGCGGAGGUCUUUUCGCCUCCCACAGGCCCGCGCUGUGGGAAGCCAAGCCCCGACGGGUCGCUGCGGCCAUCUCCCACCUGAUGACGCGCCAUGCUGAAAAACAGGAAACGGGAUCUUGGGAGAGGCGGAAAUUGCAGUGCUCAGCAGAGCUCGUAAGGGCCAGCAGGCUGAGACGAGGAGCGGGCGUCGCGUCGGCAAGGAAGGCGCCUGAGUAGCGGGGAAGUGGGCUGGCCGCAAAAUGUGGAAAGCAUCGGCAGGCCACAGCAUCAGUCUGAGCCAGGAUGAUGGUGCUGAUGAUUGGGAGACAGAUCCUGACUUUGUGAAUGAUGUAAGUGAAAAAGAACAGCGCUGGGGUGCUAAAACUGUCCAAGGAUCUGGUCACCAGGAACAUAUCAACAUUCAUCAACUUCGAGAAAAUGUAUUCCAAGAGCACCGGUCCCUCAAGGAGAAAGAGCUUGAAUCAGGACCCCAAGCUUCGCAUGGCUAUGGAGGGAAGUUUGGCGUGGAACAGGACCGCAUGGACAAAUCAGCCGUUGGACAUGAAUAUCAAUCCAAGCUUUCUAAGCAUUGCUCCCAGGUGGAUUCGGUUAAAGGCUUUGGUGGCAAGUUUGGCGUCCAGGUUGACAGGGUUGACCAGUCUGCUGUGGGAUUUGAAUACCAAGGAAAAACAGAGAAACAUGCUUCUCAGAAAGACUAUUCAAGUGGAUUUGGUGGGAAGUACGGUGUGCAGGCUGACAGAGUAGACAAGAGUGCCAUGGGAUUUGAUUACCAAGGAAAAACAGAGAAACAUGAAUCCCAGAAAGAUUAUUCUAAAGGUUUUGGUGGUAAAUAUGGUGUGGACAAAGAGAAAGUGGAUAAAAGUGCUGUUGGCUUUGAAUACCAGGGCAAAACUGAAAAACAUGAAUCACAGAAAGACUAUACGAAAGGUUUCGGUGGAAAGUUUGGCAUACAGACUGACAGACAGGAUAAAUGUGCACUUGGCUGGGAUCACCAGGAAAAAGUACAGUUGCACGAAUCUCAAAAAGAUUAUUCUAAAGGAUUUGGUGGAAAGUAUGGUGUCCAGAAAGAUCGGAUGGACAAGAAUGCAUCAUCUUUCGAAGAUAUUGAGAAAUUGUCUUCAACAUACCAGAAGACCAAACCAGUAGAAGCUGCAAAUGCCAAAACAAGCAACAUCAGAGCUAACUUUGAAAAUCUAGCUAAGGAUAAAGAACAAGAAGACAGAAGAAAGGCAGAAAUUGAAAGAGCUCAAAGGAUGGCCAAGGACAAGGAGGAACAAGAAGAGGCUAGGAGGAUAAUCGAAGAAAAAGCCAAAUGCAAGAAACAGAAUCCUCCUGAACCUCUAGCUCCACAACCAGUGGAAGAAAAAGUGCCAUCGGAUGCAAUCUACGAGGAUGCUGCUUCCUUCGAAUCUGGUUAUAAAAGUUCCAAUGCAAGUCUUCCAAAUGUACAGGAGCCAGAACAGGACCGCAAAGCUGAAGAAUCUGACUAUCAAGAAGCAGUUAGUCAGAGAGAGCCGGCCUAUGAAUCGGCGACCGUGUACGAAGAGGCUGCAGUAGGAAAUCAGUAUCAAGCAGAUGAAACUGCUUAUGAAUAUGAAAAUGACCUUGGAAUAACAGCUAUAGCCCUAUAUGAUUAUCAGGCUGCUGGGGAUGAUGAGAUUUCCUUUGAUCCAGAUGAUAUCAUUACCAAUAUUGAAAUGAUAGAUGAUGGUUGGUGGAGAGGAGUCUGCAAAGGCAGAUAUGGGCUUUUCCCAGCUAAUUAUGUGGAGCUGAGACAAUAGAAACGGAUGUUUACCAUUUAUGCCUUAAUACCAUGAUCAUUCAUCUGACUUAUUACACUACAAAUCAUGUGGGGCUUUUUUUUUGGGGGGGGGGGUUGCAAGAGAAGAGAGUGAAAGGAUCUAUUCAUACUCCUUUUAUAUUUAAAAUACUUUGCUGAUGCUUUUAUAAAUGUUUUAUGGGUCCAGAAAUUGCUAAUAUAUUGUGACUCUAUGUUGCCCUGCAGCCUGUCAUACUUUUUAAUGCAUUUUGAAAAAGAGGUUUCCUUGAUUCCUUUGUAAAAUUGGUGAUGGUGAUUUUUCCCCCCUCUAGAGUUUUUAGUUCUCUCUAACAGUAAUACAUGUUACAAAUUAUAUUCAUGUGUUCUUGUACUGAACAUGGUCAGUUUUCCAGCUCCCAUCUGUCAUAUCUAGGUCACAUUUCGACUUACUGGGAACAUGGCAGGUAUGGACAGAGGAAAAUGCUAGCUGGCUUGCAGUUAGAGGCAAAACAUUCAUGGGAAGUUAUUCUCUAUUUAAUCUCAGAAAGGACCCAGUAUAGAAGGCUAGGCUUAUUUUUCAUUCAUAUUCUUGGGAAGUGCACAGUCCAGUCAAAAGCUCUGUUACGCAACUUUAGUUGAACUUUUUCAGAAGUUCUGAUAAGGAACUGAUGCAAGCCUCACCUGGCUUUGUGAUGUUAAGUUUUGUUUAUGCUGCUCUUUCUCUCAUGCACCUAGAACACUGUGAAAUUUUUGGUCUUGAAGAUUUAAAUGUUUCCAUUACAUGCCCUCUCUAGCUCUUUCAGCCUGUCACCUCGAUGAUAAAACAGGCGGGAUAUGCAGCACUAAUUUCAGUUUGUAUGAUUUGCAAAGAGGACAAUGGGAUGAGAUGACUUCCUCUAUAGUAAAUCUGAUUUUUUGGGGGCUAUAUUUCACUAAAGGAAUAUUGCUCUUACGAGUACAUUAAAGCUUUGGAGGAAAUUGCUAUUUUUAAACAAUGUCGACGACUCAUUUUAGAUAUUCAGCUCUUGACUGCCAGUAACACUCAAGCAAACUGUAAAGGUCUCUCUGUCUUUUGCCAAAUGUAAUGCUGAAUUUUUGCUGUAAUUUCUGUAAAGUAAAUUGAGAAUUAAUUACUGAUUUUAACCACAUAAGCAUCCCUACCAAAGACAGCAUACAGUAUAUGUGUCUUCAGUGUUUCUUGUUCAUUUCUGUUUGGGAAGAGAAAUUCAGGGAUAAAUCGGUCAAGGAAAGAAGUGAAUGAAAAAAAGAUUAGCAAGUUCAAUAAGAUGUAUAUAAAAAUAUUUCUAUUGAAUGGCAACCUGCAGUGUAUCUAAAGAAAUAUGGAAUGUAGAGAGAAGUAAUCUUGCAUGGGAUUGGCUACUUGGACAAUCUCUUAAGAAGAAUGUAUGUAAUGUUUAUUUUCUAUUAUCUUCCCCACCGGUUCCUUGCUUUCUCAUAAUUACAUUGAUAAUAGUAUGUUAAGUGGGCAUGGAUUUUUUAUGCAAUUUUAGCUUAUUCAGUUUGCAUAGAACAGCAACUAGGAUAUAUGAUUCCUGUUUUUCUUUUUCUUUUUGUAAAUUAAAUAUUCAAAUAAACUUUUGGAACCAUUU